CACCAAUCACAACCCACCACCUUCAGCCCCUGCUCUCUUCUCCUUUCUUUCUUUCUUUUUUCUUUUAGAUUCAUUCAUUCAUUCAAGCUCUCUCUGUUGCUUCGCUUUUCGAGCUCCCAAAUCUCUCUCUCUCUCUCUUUCUCUCUAAUUUCGCGUUUCUCUCUCCUCUCUGCUUCAAGUUUCAACCCAAAAAGAGGAAGAAAGAAAUAAAAAAAAGAAAAGAAAUCUCUUCUUUUCGAUUCCUUUUUUCACUUCUCGAUUGCUUUCUAUUCUCCCGAUUUAGAUACCCAGUGCUCUGAAAGCUGUGGAUCCAUUCAUUAAAAUCCCUAAUCAUCCUCUGUAACCAGCUUUUUUCCCGGAAAAUUUUGGGCACUUUCUCGGUUAGUUUCCCGGAAAGUUAAGGUGCUAGGGUUUGUGUUGUAUAGAAGGAGUUAGAAGUUAGAAGAUAGAAGACUGGGGUGAGAUUUAUUUUUGUGAUUAUUAUUCUGAUUUUUGUUUUCUUGGAAAGGCGUAGUGUCUUUUUGUGUAGAUUCCUCAGAGUACGCCUUCUCACAAAAAGGGUAUUCUGAUUCCAUUCAAAUGCUUGUUGAUUUAACGCCCUUAUUGUCAAAUUCGUAUUGCGAAAUAUCCACCAUUUACAUUUAGUGCAUUUCCUCUCUGGGGUUCUUCCUCUAUUUAACAAUUCCAAUUCAAUUCUGUGUUCCCCCAAUUCAGUAUGAAGAAGAAUUCUUCUGAAACGCUUUGAAUUCUGAAUUGGAGGGAGGGAGGGAGCCUGAUGAAGUGGGAAAUGGAAAUUCUGUCCCCCCCUUCUCUUGUUUCCACCAUGAGUUGGAGCUCCGGCGAUGGCAAGUCCUCAAAAUGGACCGCUGCCGAGAACAAACUGUUCGAGAAUGCCCUCGCCAUCCACGACACCGACACGCCUGACCGGUGGCAUAAGGUGGCGGCGAUGAUCCCCGGGAAGACGGUGGGGGAUGUGAUCCGGCAGUAUAAGGAAUUGGAGGCUGAUGUUAGUAGCAUAGAGGCUGGUUUGAUCCCAAUUCCGGGCUAUGACACCUCCCAAUUUACAUUGGAUUGGGUCAAUAGCCAUAGCUAUGAUGGCUUCAAACAAUCUUACGGCCUCGUCGGGAAACGAUCGUCGGGUCGGUCCACCGAUCAGGAGAGGAAGAAGGGAGUUCCAUGGACAGAGGAUGAACAUAAGCUGUUUUUGAUGGGGUUGAAGAAGUAUGGAAAAGGGGAUUGGAGGAACAUCUCAAGGAAUUUUGUGGUAACUAGAACUCCAACUCAAGUAGCUAGUCAUGCUCAAAAGUACUUCAUCCGCCAGCUCUCCGGUGGAAAAGACAAGCGGAGAGCGAGCAUCCACGACAUAACCACCGUCAAUCUCAACGACACGAGAAGCCCGUCCCCCGACGACAAGAAGUCGCUGUCGCCGGAGCACGCAGCCGUGCUCCCCCGCCAGCCUAAUCCAUCCUCCACCACGACCGGGCACGGGAACGCCUUCAAUUGGAACCAUCAGCACCACCACCACCAACACCACAACAGCAGUGGAGCAGCUAUCGCUUUCAACCACCCGAACGGGAACGUUUUCAUGUCUCCGACCGCGUUCGGGGUGAACUCCUGGCUGCCGGAGCAUCACCUGCAAAAAGAUUCUGUGUUGGUUGGGAGAAGGCAUUUAGAGAUGGGGCAAUGUGGUCUGCUUAGUCAAUGAAAAAUGCUGUGGGAAGGAAGAAGCUAAGUAAGUUCCAAGAAUGGUUCCUCUCGAUAAGAUUCUUGUCUGAGAAUUCGACUCAACGUUUCGCGAAUCGAACUUCGACAUGAAUCGUUUCGUCUCGAACACAAAACCCGUCUUCUCCAUCUCCGAGGCGAAUCGAAAUACCGAAAAAGUUCAGUAUCUUCCCAAGAAGGAUUUUUUGUUUUUAGACAAUACCCAUAUGCUUAUAUCAGUCCUUGUCUAUUUGGCUAUGCAUCUCAGAAACAUUAUUGUUAUUAUUAUUCUCUUAGUUUCUAUGUUAA